AUGGCCUCUAAGUUUCUCUUGUUGGCAUUGCUCGCCAUAACUUCUUCCAUUGCCUUGGCAUCUGACCCGAGUUCUCUUCAGGAUUUCUGCGUGGCUGACGCAAAGAACUCAGGUGUACUUGUGAAUGGUCUUGUCUGCAAGGAUCCCAAGCUUGCUGAAGCCAAUGACUUCUUCUUCAGUGGGCUUCAACUGGCAGGCAACACAUCAAAUGCAGUUGGCUCCAGUGUGACCCCUGUCAACGUAGCCCAAAUUGCAGGACUUAACACUCUUGGUAUCUCUAUUGCACGUAUCGACUAUGCACCAUGGGGUAUUAACCCUCCCCACACACAUCCUCGAGCGAGUGAAAUCUUGACAGUCCUGGAAGGGAGCCUCAAAGUGGGUUUUGUCACUUCCAACCCCGAAAACCGUCUCAUCACCAAGGUACUUGAGAAGGGUGAUGUGUUUGUGUUCCCUGUCGGUCUCGUGCAUUUCCAACAAAAUGUGGGAUAUGGUAAUGCAGUUGCCAUCGCAGCUCUCAGCAGCCAAAAUCCAGGUGUCAUUACCAUUGCAAAUGCAGUAUUUGGAUCAAAGCCCGACAUCUCUGCUGAUAUUCUUGCAAAGGCUUUCCAAGUGGAGAAGAACACAAUCUACAAUUUCCAGUCAAAGUUUUAG